AUGGCUUCUUCUUCAAAGGCAAUUGCAACGACGGGUGAACGCCUCCCGAGUGAUGUUACUCCGGAAAUCCUUUAUGGUCUGCCAGUGAAAUCAUUGAUCAGAUUCCGCUGCACCUCAACGGAAUGGAAUUCAGUUAUCUCAGAUCCCCAAUUCGCCAUAUCCCAUUUCAAGUUGGCUUCUCAGCGUAAGACCCUUACUCGAAGGCUCCUGCUCUCCACUUCCUCUCAGGUGCAAUCCUUAGACGUCCAAACGUCGUCCUUUGGUGACGAUUCUUCGGUGGCCAACCUCACCUGCCCAUUCAAGCAACCAGGUCGUAUCAUGUACAUGCUGGGCUCGUGCAAUGGUAUGGUCUUCGUAUCUCUCCGUGAUGAUGAUGGGAUUGUUGGCUAUUAUAUUUGGAACCCGUGUACUGCUCGGUUUCUGAAAUUGCCUGACGUGGGUAUUGACGAAUCUGAACCAAGAGUUGGUUUCGGCUAUGUAUCUGCCACCGACGAGUACAAAGUUGUUGUCACCGCUUGUUCUAAGGGAUACCGGUCUCUACAUGUUUUCUCGUCGAGAGCCAACUCUUGGAAAAUGAUUGAAGCCCCUAGCCAUUUAAAUUGGAUCCAUCGGGUUACUACGGGGGUUCUUUCAAAUGAGUCACUUCAUUGGAUCGGAUAUUUCGAUUACGACGAUGGUGAGGAGGAUGAAUAUGGGAAGCAGAUCAUUGCUUUUGAUUUAGCAGAAGAAGAAUUUGUGGAAAUAGCUUUGCCUUUGAUUGAUGUAGUGGGAGAUAGCUUUAACCCAAUUCAAUUCUUCAUAGAUGAUUUGGGAGGGUGUCUGUGUGUGUCUGCUUGUUAUACAGAAAGGAAUUUUGAUCAAUUUCAGUUCUGGGUGAUGAUGGAGUAUGGCGUUUCUGAAUCUUGGACUAAGGUGUUCCAGGUUAGCAUGGUACUUGAUAGGCUUUCAAUUGAGCGACCGGUCUUCCAUACAGAAAGUAGCAUGGUUGUGUGGAGGUUUGAAGAAGAUUGGUGUCCACAAGAGGGUGCGAAUGCGGUGGUAAGGUUUGAUCUUCUUAGUCUUCUACACAAGGAUGUUGCGGGUUGUAGUGGUCAAUAUAUGGUUGAGGCGGGUGAGUGUGAUAUGAUACACUAUGAAGAGACUCUUCUAUGGCUUAAUGACCCUCUUGGUGUGGAAGAAAAUGUCAGGGUACUUGGAACCCAACAAGCAGGACUGAGAAGGAAUAAUUGAUUCAUCUUCAGGGAUUUCUAUGUGAAUAUAUAUACGGCUGAAGCCAUGCUGAAUAUUAUCCAAAUUUAUUCUUGCAUUUACAGAUGUUGGUGGUUAGAGGACAUGAAAGACAUUAUGACUCUUUGUCAGAAUAGGACAAAGUGUUAUUGUUCUUUCUAGACUCUAGAGUCUAAGAUACUAUACAAUUCAAGACGAUCUUACUUGUUUUGUUAUUUUGAAGAGCAGAAAUGGGUUCAUAUUCCUUUUUUUCUUACUGAUUGUUUCUUCAUUACUUAUCUUCCUACGUACUGUUCUUAUCCUGCAACAAAAGUUCCUAUCUGGAUACCUAUGCUCACAAUACUAUUUAUAUGUACUUCGAAAUUAUUUUCUUUCACAUUAGUGACAAACCUCAGUGAGGCUUAAAACUUUUUACAUUAUCAAUAAGUUUAAGCAGAGGAUAUACAGACCUGCUUAUACACAUUGGCCUUCCCGACAACAUUGAUCUUGCAUUGUGCAGUAUAAAUGCAGAUUUGUUUUCGACACAAUCAUUCUUCUAUUUUUCUGACUAGAUUUGAAGGACUAGAUUUAUCUGACAUUGUGCAAUACAAGAAUUUAAGUUUGUUGCAGGUCAGUUACAGAUGAGUAUGAAACUGCGCUUUUCUUCUAAUGGUGUCUUCUCUUUGCUUCUGGGGUGUGAUAUCUAUUACCUAAAUUGUAGUGUUUUUGUAGCUGUCACUUGAGCUUCCCCUUAAAUUGGGUGGAAGACUCUACUUGCCUGUUGGUCAUUGAUUCUUAUGGUUUGAUAAGUCUGAAUGUUCUGAAAGUAUUCUGUUCUUUGGUUUGAUUUUGUAGGGGUGCAGUUUUGGAUUGUAUGGCUUCAAGAACAAGUUUG